UUGAUAUUUAUUUAAAGUGCUGACAAAAAGUUUAGCCGAACGAGAUAUCUGACUCAUAUGCGAGUGUGUUGUGAUCGUUGCCACAAAUUGCCGGAAUAAGAUGGCGACCCGCUCUGUAACCGUGCUGACCGUGCAUGGACGCCGCCAGACAGUAAAGGUGGAACCAGACAUGACUAUGCUAGAGAUACUGGAGACUGUCUGCCGUAAGUACAACUUCCCGCAAGAUGAGUACGACCUGCUGCAUCACAAUAAGGUGCUCGACUUGACGACCAUGUUCCGCUUUGCUGGCAUUCCGAACAACGCCCUGCUGGAGAUGGCCAAGGCAAAGCAAAAACGCACCGAAAACGACGUGACUGUUCAGCUGCAGCUGGAGGAUGGUGCGCGUAGCGAGAACGGAACGUUUAAACCGUCGCAAACGUUGUUGGACGUGUUGGUAGCUCUCUGCCCGGCGAGAGCCACGGCCGAAGCACAUCCCGUCCUGGUAUACAUGCGAAGGGAGGUAUACUGGGAGCAGCUAGCGACAACCACCCUGAAAAGCCUCGGGCUGACACGGGGUAGGGCAGCGCUCCGAUUGCUGCAGCGCCGUGCGGAAGAGCCAAAAAUUCAGGCCAAUGUUUCGGCACCAUUACAUCAAACGAUGUGCGUGGAAGAAACCAUCAAACCAGUCACGACUGUGCCUUUGAGUGAAGCGCCUGUUGCUGCUGCCGCGGCUGAUGCUGCUGUUACGACGAGUUUACCAGAAGAAUCUAACCCUUCUGCCUCUGUGCCUGAUCCGAUUGUGGAGCGAGCUCCACAACGAAUCGAAGAAACGAAAGCUGUCGAGGAAGUGGAAGCACCGCAGAAAGUGAGGGAAGCACCAGCGCUAGAUACAAAUAGCGAACAGGAACAGACCGAUAUACCAAGACCUGAAGCGCAAAUAAUGGUGCUGGGCGAACGGGACGCCGUGCUUUACCACGCAUCUACGGCGGAACGCGAACAGGCCGAGGUGGCAGACUCCUUCUUUGACCUAACCGUGCCGGAAAUGAUGCAGCUGUACAAGCAGCUGCAAGAUCGUGUUAAGUCGUUUGAAGAUGCUCCUCUGUUGACGGGAGAGCUGCGCGAGCUGGAGCGAAAUCAGCAACUGCUAAGUAAUAUGAGCAGGUACCGGCAGGCGGUAAUAAGGGUACAAUUUCCCGACCGUCACAUUCUACAGGGAGUGUUUCAAGUAUACGAGACGGUAGGGCAUGUGAUGGAGUUUGUGCGGCGUUAUCUAGCCGAUUCGAAUGAACCAUUUUACCUGUAUACUACACCGCCAAAGGUGGUAUUGCAGUCGACGGUUCCGUUGCUGGAUGCUGGUUGCUUUCCGCAAGUGUUGCUACAUUUCAGUUAUGAUAAAGUAUCUAGUGACAGUACGACCGCUCCUGUCGGGUUCUGUCUGCAGCCGGAACUACUCGGACGCCUUUCGAACGCAACCGGAGCGUCAGCCGUUGCUACACGUGCAAAACGAAAUGCUACUGGCAGCGCAGAGCCGCAAAAAAGCACAACUCCCAGCAGCGUUGAGCCUACGGUUAGCAUCUCCAACGAACCGAUGGUGGCCAGUUCAUCCAACCGCAUACCACAUCGUAACUUCCGACAAUCAUCAUCCAUCUCCGAUCAAUCGACGAGCGAACGUGAGGCGAAGAUAUUGAGGUUUUUGAAAAAGUAGAUAACGGUGACCCGAUGGUGUAUUGGUAGCGAUGCCAAUUGUCAUACACCAGAACCGUCUGAGUUUUGGAAUCCGGAUCAAUUCGCCGUACGCAGGAUUUGUGACGGUCGGGGUAGAAAGAUGUAGUCUUAAUUAUUACUUUCGUAAUUUUUUUCGUAUCCACGUUGAUAUGUUGUCCGACCUUUUUUUUGUCUUUAGCUUCAUUAGAUUCUUGUUUCUUUUGUUAACUUUCUGGCUUGUUCUAUAGCCACACAUUAGGGAAGUACGAACCGAAUAGAAAUUAUACAGAAUUGGUAAAUAAAAUUUGCCAGCUACUAU